UGAGAGAGAGAUAAAUCAGUUACAUGACUCAGGUUUGUUCAGAAAGCUGCCAGAGCUGCAGCUAUCUGCAGAUCUCUGCAGAUGGAGGCUGAGGACGGAGCCCAGCUCUGCUUUCCACAGUUCCCUAACACCUCCUGCAGGAAGCCCUUGUCUCCUUGGCCCCAAACACUUACCAUUGUGUUCUACUCCAUCUCUCUGAUCACUGUGGCUCUCAACCUGCUCAUCAUAAUCUCAAUCUCCCACUUCAGGCAGCUCCACACACCCACCAACAUCCUCCUCCUCUCUCUGGCUGUCUCUGACCUUCUAGUGGGCCUUGUGCUGAUGCCAGGAGAAAUCUUCCGACAAACAUCCUGCUGGGUUGUUGGUGACUUUGUGUGUGCUACCUAUAUUCUUCUUACAGUCAUCAUUACCUCAGCUUCAAUAGGUGACAUGGUGUUCAUAUCAGUUGACCGUUAUGUGGCUAUAUGUGACCCUCUGCAUUACACCACUAAAGUCACUGUAAGCAGAGUUAAAUUCUGUGUUUGUCUGUGUUGGCUCUGUUCUGUUUCCUACAGCCUUCUCUUUGUAAAGGAUCUUCCGACUCAAACUGACAUAUAUAAAACCUGCUUCGGAGUAUGUUUAAUGUACAGUGAUGACAACUCAUUGCUUGCUGGUCUUUUUGUUACUUUUAUUAUUCCGGUGUCUGUACUCAUAGCUCUGUAUCUGAGAGUAUUUGUUGUUGCUGUUUCUCAGGCUCGUGCCAUGCGCUCUCACAUUACAGCUGUCACACUCCAGCAUUCAGUGACUCCAAAGGCAAAGAAAUCAGAGCUGAAAGCAGCCAGGAAUCUUGGUGUUCUUGUACUUGUGUUUCUAAUGUGUUUCUCCCCGUUUUACAUUACAUCAUGGACAGGCUACAACUCUGUUACUCUUUUGAUUUUACCCUUUUUACCCAUUCUGUUCUGUUUCAACUCUUGUCUAAACCCUGUGAUCUAUGCCUUCCUUUACCCCUGGUUUAGAAAAGCAGUUAAACUCAUAGUUACUCUCCAGAUACUGCAGCCUGGCUCCUGUGAGACCAACAUGCUGUAGAGAGGCUGUGGAGGGACUGAGAUCAGACUCGGUCUAAGGAAAGCAAUGAGUGCUGUUCAGUGAGCAAGUA